AUGUCUGGUCGAGGGGUCAUCGCUGGGGUAGGGUCGUCUACGUCAUCCUCCUCACAGUCGCCUCCUCCUCCUCCUACCGCUAAUACUUCUCUCCCGCCGUGGCCAGGUGUAACACCACCAGUAUCGGAGAAUUAUCCUACGCGCGCCGACUAUGAAGCAACAGAGGAGCUGCGGCACUUCAUUGAGAACAGGGCUCCGCCAGAGAGCUCUCAUGGAAUGCUGAAACGAUACGAGGUAUUGGUAGAGAUCGAGCGAAUGGUGAACAAGUGGAUCUACGAUGUCUCAGCAGGAGAGAUACAGUCGAAGGCACGUGUCCUAACGUUUGGGAGUUUCCGUCUUGGAGUCAUAACACCUAUGUCUGAUAUUGAUACUCUUGUCCUCCUACCUAAUUCGAUAUCUCGGGAUGACUUCUUCACUGAUUUUGUGGAAACGAUGCUCAAUCGCUCGCCUCAUGUCACUGAGUGCAACCCAGUACCAGCUGCUCACGUACCCAUUAUAAAGGUGAAGUACCGUGGGAUCUGUAUGGAUAUAUUGGCCGCCUGUGUGCCAACUCACGUACUCUCUGGUGAUGUUGAUUCGGUCCAAGAGGAGCUUAUCUACGACGUUGAGAAACGGUGCAUGAAGUCAAUGAACGGCAUUCGAGUCGCUGAUAAGAUGCUAUCCCUCGUGGUGGAUACGCAGACCUUCCGGCUCGCCACCAGAGUUAUCAAGUAUUGGGCGCAACAGAGGCUCAUCUAUUCAAAUGCUAUCGGCUACAUGGGAGGGGUAUCUUGGGCUGUCAUGGUUGGGCGUGUCUGCCAGUUGUAUCCAAACUACUCAGCGAAGCAGAUUGUAGAGAGGUUCUUCUUUGUCUAUGCACGCUGGCAAUGGACUGCUACUAGAGAUUAUGGCAACAGUAAUGUGCCACUCAGGAGGUACACCUCCGAUAGGCAUCAUGUGAUGCCGGUGAUCACUCCCAUCUUCCCCACACAUAACACCACCUAUAACGUACAAGAGUCCAAUAAAAGGGUCAUCGUGCGGGAGAUCAAGCGAGGCCGAGAAAUAAUGGAGCUCAUGAGCAUGAACAAGAGCAGUGGAGCUACUAAAGGAAAUGAAGUUACCUGGGCAGAUCUUUGUGCCCCCUUCCCCUUUUUCCAGGUUUAUCGCCAAUUCCUGCUACUAGAGAUAAGCGCUGAGACGGAAAAGGCAUUCUUGAAGUUCAAGGGCUUGGUAGAGUCCCGUAUUAGAGUGUUGGUGAAGAAUCUUGAGACUUGCUGCGGCCACAAGGUUCUGCCCCAACCCCAUCCUGUCAUGUUCCCGAGGGGGCCCUUAGGGGCUGAUGCCAUACCAGGCGAGGCUCCUACCUUCCUUGGAGCCUUCGUACUCGGCAUAACAUUCGACCAUAUUGCUACAGACGAUCUGGCGGCAUCGGCCGAAGUGAGCAAGGAGAUUAAGACGGCUUGUGAUGGCUUCGCAGAGCACAUCACUCAGGCGGCACUGUCAGAUGAAUGGGACUCCUUUAGAGGGCAGUUCAAGUAG